CCGGGGCGGGGAACGGGGACCCGCACCUGCGGGGCGGACCCGGGCCCGGAACCUGCACCGACCCCACCUGCGGCUCCGCGGCGGCAGCGCCCCGAUCCCUCCGGCACCGCACCAGCACCGGCAGCCAUGGGGCGGCGGGGGGGGCUCCCGGCCCCGCUCUGCCUCCUCCUCCUCCUCCUCCUCCAGGUCGGCCACCGGUUGUGCGAGCGGGCAGCACCGUGCCGGCCCGGUUUCACGGCGGAGACCUUCUCGCUCCCGGUGCCGCGGGACGGCGUGGCGGCGGGACGGGCGCUGGGACGAGUGAGCUUUGUGGAUUGCGGCGAGCAGCGGCAUGCCGCGUACCUCUCGGACGACACGCGCUUCAAGGUGAGCAAGGAUGGUGUCGUCUCCACAACCCGGCCCCUGCAGCUCCGGCGGCAGGAGAUCAGCUUCUCCGUCUACACCUGGGACCCCGCGGGCAAGCAGUAUUCAGCCAAGGUGACCUUACACAGGCGGCGGCACCAUCGCCGCCACCACCAUCGCCACCACCAGCAGCAGCAGGACGUGGUGCCCGACGUGCUGACCUUCCCCGAGCCCGGCCACGGCCUCCGGCGGCAGAAGAGGGACUGGGUCAUCCCCCCCAUCAACUGCCCCGAGAACGAGCGGGGGCCCUUCCCCAAGAACCUGGUGCAGAUCAAAUCCAACAAGGACAAGGAGACCAAGGUUUUCUACAGCAUCACGGGGCAGGGGGCGGACACCCCCCCUGUGGGUGUCUUCACCAUCGAGCGGGAGACGGGGUGGCUGAAGGUGACGAAGCCGCUGGACAGGGAGGAGAUCGAUAGAUACAUCCUCUUCUCCCACGCCGUGUCAGCUAACGGGCAGCCCGUGGAGGACCCCAUGGAGAUCAUCAUCACCGUGACGGACCAGAACGACAACCGGCCCAUCUUCACCAAGCAAGUCUUCAUCGGCUACAUCGAGGAAAAUGCAAAGCCGGGCACAUCCGUGAUGACCGUGAAUGCCACGGACGCGGACGAUGGGAUCAACGUGAACAACGGCAUCAUCGGCUACUCCAUCCUCAGCGAGGAGCCCAAGAGCGCUCAACAGAUGUUCACCAUCGACCCAGAGAAGGGCAUCAUCAGCGUCAUCGGCACGGGACUGGAUCGGGAGACCACUCCCAACUACACGCUGAUCAUCCAGGCUGCGGACCAGGAGGGCAACGGCCUGACCAACACUGCCACUGCCAUCGUGAAAGUCACCGAUGCCAAUGACAACCAGCCCAUCUUCAACCCCACCGUGUACGAGGGGGAGGUGAAUGAGAACGAGGUGGGGGUGGUGGUGGCCCGGCUGCACGUGACGGACCAGGACAUGCAGGGCUCCCCUGCCUGGCAAGCUGUCUACCACAUCAAGAGUGGGGACCAGGAUGGAGACUUCAGCAUCACCACCGACCCCAAAACCAACGAUGGCAUCCUGAAAACCGCCAAGGGCCUGGAUUACGAGACUGUGAGCCGGUACAACCUCGUGGUGACGGUGGAGAACGCCAUCCCCUUCACCGUGCCCCUGCCGCUGUCCACGGCCAACGUCCUGGUGGUGGUCGGAGAUGUGAAUGAAGCCCCCGUCUUCACGCCCCCGGUCAAGAAGGUGGAGGUGAUGGAGGACCUGCCACAGGGGCACCAGGUCACCUCUUACACGGCCCGGGACCCGGACAGGGAUCAGAGGCAGAAAAUCACGUACCGCAUGGGCAACGACCCUGCAGGCUGGCUGGACAUUGACCCCAAUAGCGGCAUCGUGACGGUGGCCCAACCGCUGGACCGGGAGGCGGUACACGCCAUCAACAGCACCUACAAGGCCAUCGUCCUGGCCGUGGACAGUGGGUCGCCAGACGCCACCGGCACGGGGACGCUGCUCCUCCUCCUCCAGGAUGUGAACGACAACGGGCCCAUGCCGGAGCCCCGGAUCUUUGACAUCUGCAACCGGCAGCCUGAAGAGCAGACGCUGAACAUCAUUGACAGGGACCUGCCCCCCAACACCCACCCCUUCCAUGCAACGCUGGAGCACGGCUCCAGCGCCAACUGGACCGUCAGGGUGACCGGACAAGACCUCCUGGUGCUGAGCCUGGUGAAGGAGCUGGAGCCAGGGGAGUACAGCAUCUUCCUGAAGCUGACGGACGGGCAGGGCAAGGCGCAGAUGACGCCGGUCAAAGCCCAGGUGUGCGACUGUGAAGGGCCGGCCAAGAACUGUGAGCGGCGAGCGUUCAUCGCCAGCGGUCUGGGCGUCCCUGCCAUCCUGGGCAUCCUGGGGGGCAUCCUGGCGUUGCUGAUCCUGCUGCUGCUGCUGCUGCUCUUCGUCAAGCGGAGGAAGGUGGUGAAGGAGCCGCUGCUCCCGCCGGAGGACGACAUGCGGGACAACGUCUACCACUAUGACGAGGAGGGUGGUGGCGAGGAGGACCAGGACUAUGACCUGAGCCAGCUGCACCGGGGCCUGGACGCCCGCCCGGAGGUGAUCCGCAAUGACGUGGCCCCCCCACUGAUGGCUGCCCCCCAGUACCGGCCCCGGCCCGCCAACCCCGAUGAGAUUGGAAACUUCAUCGAUGAGAACCUGAAGGCGGCUGACACGGACCCCACGGCCCCCCCCUACGACUCCCUGCUGGUGUUCGACUACGAGGGCAGCGGCUCGGAGGCCACCUCGCUCAGCUCCCUCAACUCCUCCGCCUCCGACCGCGACCAGGACUACGACUACCUCAACGACUGGGGCAGCCGCUUCAAGAAGCUGGCGGACCUCUACGGCGGUGGGGAGGAGGACGACUAGGACACCCCCCCUUCCCUCCCGCCCUGGCCCAGCCGGGAGCCACCCGGUGCAGGUGGUUUUGCCUCAUUUCACCCCACCAGACUCAGGUCGGUCCUUGCCAGGGGGCUGCCAAAGCCCUUUCCAGCACCCUCUCGACCUGGUGUCCGUGUCCCGCCCCGUUCAGCGCAGGGGAAGCUCAGGGUCACUGGGACUGGGGGGGGGGGUUUGGGGAACCUGUGUAUUUCCUAGCUCCCUCAGCUCCAGGCAGGGCAUGGAGCCAUCUGUUCCCCAGCCUGGAGCCGAGGUGCUCCUGGCUGUGCGGGGCGGGAUCGGCUCCUGGCCUCCCCAUGCCCAAAUCCCACCGCGGGGCUGCCGGCCAGGGCUCGGCACCUCUCCUCUGGCAGGGGGAAAAAAGGUUUCUCUGGCAAUCUCCGAAAUACCUCGUGUUCCCAGCCCCAAAAUGACCAACAACCUGCUGCGCGCUUGGAUCGCAAACCUGGUGCCAGAGAAAUGGGGCAGCCCUGGCACCACGUGUCUGCCAGAGCGGGGCGAGCUGAUUGAUUAACACAGACCAAAGAUGUGCUGUCACAUGCUAUACGUGAAAGAAUUAUAUUUGAUAAAGUACUUAUAGGCAGAUUUCUGGUUUUUUGUAUCUCAGAUUAUGGUAUGAUUUCCUUCUGUGUCGUGCCAAGUGUAAUUAUCGUGCAGUCAAUGAAAGGCGCUUUUGGAAAUCAAACAGCUUUACUGAAAUUCUGAGCUCUGUGUUUAGCUCUUGUCAUGGUUUGUAUUUUAUAUUAUGGGAAAAGGGGCUGAUGCAGGGUGGGUAUAAUGGUGUAGUAUUAAUUGAUCGUAUGGUUUUUAUACAAAAUUAAACUAAUAAAUUGUUUUAAGAAAACCAAAA